ACUACACUAAGUACCAGCUGGUACUAUUAAAAACCAUGUCACUACCCAAUGCUGUGCGGCUUUCUGCCUCCUGCUCGCGCAGAACCGUGUAUCGUAAUUUCCCUCAGUUUCUUAGUUCAACACAGAGCAACUUUACGCCCAAGUCACCCAUAACAUCAUACGUCCGGCCUUACGCCUCGAAGUCUAAGGCGAAAUCGACUGCAGACUUGAUUCCAGGAUCAAAAAAAGCUCUUACUUCUGAGGCUACUCGCUUUGAAUAUGGAAAGUCCGAAACGAAGAUGAGUGCCGCUGUCGAGUGGUACCGCAAGGAGGUAGCUGGCCUUGAGACUCGUGCAAGUGGUCGCGUCACCCCGGCCCUUCUCUCGCCAGUACGCAUAGAACUUCCGGGCAAAGGAAAGGACCUGGUAAAACUCGAGGAAGUAGCCACUGUUGGCGUUCGAGAUGGCUCAAUCUUGAUUAUCACGGUGUUUGAGGAACAUAAUUUGAAAGCAGUAGAACAAGCCCUGUAUGCUGCAAAGCUACCGAACAUUGUUCCUCAAAGACAGGAUUCCAGAACAAUCAAGAUUCCUAUACCAAGGCCAACAGUUGAGGCCCGCAAUGCUCUGACUGCAACUGCUCAGCGAAUGGCAGAGGACACCCGAGUGCAACUUCGAAAGAUACAACAGACCAGUAUCAAAAAGGGCGACUACAAAAAGCACUCGGUUGAACUCGAAGAAUUUCAGAAACUCGCAGAUAGGAACAUUGCCGAAGUAGACAAGAUUCUUGCGCAAAUGAAGAAGUCAACCGGGUCCCGGUAGGGGUGUCUGGAGCCGUACCCUGGCACCACAUAUACAUUUAUUAUCGAUGCGUAUACUAGUUCAAAGUUCAUAAUGCAUGACAACACUCUAUAUGCGCUGCGAUAGGAAGCUCCAAAAUUUAUGCUACAAGAAAUGCAUGAACCUAAGCAUUAUAUCGAUGCCCGGAAGCGCCAGAAGGUGCUUGAAUACAUAUGUCCUUACAAGUAUGCCUAUU